AGACCGGCAUACGUGAACAAUGCUUGGCUACUGAACACACCUGCCUUUGGAAACAACUACGUAAACAUCGUGAACGCGACGAACCCUUUUUAGUAUGCAAUGGCAUCGGAUAUGGGCCUUGGCGGGAUGCAUCUUUCACUGUGCUGAUAUCGAUCGAAAUAAACUAUUGUAACAUUCGAAGUUUACUAUUGAAAGUACACGAAUUUCUUAAACUGUAGUUUAGUGAAGUUAAGUGAAAAAAAGAAAAUAUUUUCACUGCUACUUUACGCUGCAUUCACCUUUCACAAUGCCACCUGAUUCUAAGAGAGAAGAAUUUAGAAAAUAUUUAGAAAGGGCAGGCGUUAUGGAUGCUCUUACAAAGGUACUUGUAUCUUUAUAUGAAGAACCAGAAAAACCAGAGGAUGCUUUAGAAUAUAUUCGUCAAAAUCUAGCAGGUAUUACAGAAGUAGAUGUUGAAAUACAAUCAUUAAAAAAUGAACUGGAAGAAGCUAAAGCCAAGAUCACAGAUUUAAAGGCAAAGUUGGUGAAAUAUGAAGCAGAUGAAGGAGCAGAAUAAUCGAAGCCAGAAGUUUGACACUAUAAUAGAAUACUAGUCCCUGCUGGACACUGACUUUCACAGGAAGUCAGACCGACUAUGUGCCUUAAAAUAGAUAUAGCAAAUCACUUUCUAAGACAAUUUAAAACAUAAAAUUAAGUUUCAUUCUUACAAAUUCCAUUA